GCUAGAUUUAUCUUAAUAACGGCUCUCACACAAUUGCCAAGGGUUAGAUGGUUAGAAUUUCACACAUACAUAAUUUUAUGUAUAUAAAGUUGCAAUACAUGACAUCAGGUAUACUUAUUCGGGACUGAGGUCCCCCCUCCCCAAGCAUCACAAGCUUAAAGGGACAGAUUUUCGUAUUUUGGAAAAAUAUAAACCAGGUUUUUUGCGCGAGGGUCAUCAAAAUGCAAUGUGCUGGUUAAGCCAUCGAGCUACAUAUAGAUGAACGCACACAUUUCGUAUCUUACAAGGAAGCUGCGUUUGGGAAGUGUGUGACUUUGUAUGCUGCGAUAUACAGUGGGAUUGUUAAAAUGUUUCGAAAAACAACGCGCGUGUGCGUGCGUGCGUAAGUUCGUGAUUUCUACUGAUGGUCCCGCUGUGAUAUUAGAUUAGCACUGGAGAGAAUUGAAAGUAAAACGUGAAAAUGUCUAGUCUUAGAAACAUGUUUCGCCUGAGCAGACGACUCAGUAAAAGAAACUCGAACGAUCUUGAGAAGGUACCGGAAACCGACGAUAGCUCGGUCUUUACGGACGCGAUACCGGAAGCGGCUCCCGGGGACGGCACGAACUACAUCGACAAAUCAUCGUGGACUAUAGGCGACCUUUUCGCGCACUAUCAGCAGGAGGUCGACUCGACGAUGGUCCUUGGCAACGUGAAAACGGAAGGGACGAUGCAGCCACAAGGUAGCAGUUCCAGAAAGAGCGACUACGAGAUGCCAAUCGAUUCCGGUCAGGUUAUUCUCUACCUGUUUGGGGGUUUCAACCCGGUGCACUCCAAUCACAUACAGACGCUGGUGGAAGCGAAAAAAUGGCUAGAGGCCAAUACCAAGUUCACGAUAAUCGCCACGUAUAUAUGCAUUUCGCCUGACUGUACGAUACAGCGGAAGUGCGAGAAAGAAAUAGAGCCCAUCAUCCUGCCGUUCGAGCACCGGAAGCGCCUCUGUGAGGUUGCGUGCUUGAAAUACGACUGGAUAAAGGUGCAUCAAAAGGUAGCGGAGUCACAGGGCGCCGUUCGCGAGGUGCUGCGCGUGGAGCAAAACGCGCCGGAUGCCAAAUGCGCCGCUGUGUUCGGGUCGGACCGCUUUAUGGCCGACGACAAGAAAACCGGUCUGCGGCUCUCGAGCUCCAAAGAGCUGGACAAAUGGUUCGCCGUCUGCGUUGGGAGGGAGGGGAUGAACGAGAAUGAGAAACGCUGGUUCGAUACUCAUAAGGGACGCAAGUUCGCGGAAACUGGUUACUACGUGAUACCGGCGGAACUGAGCAAUGUAAGUUCGACGAAGAUCCGCGAGGAGCUCCGGAAGUUCAAAAAGGCCGCCACUGACAGCGAACGCGCUGGCAUAUUGCGGGGACUUGUGGGACAGGGGUAUAUAUCAGAGGCAGAAGCGGAGUAUAUCUAUCAAGAAUAUACAACGUUGUUUAAUUGAAAGCCCAUAACCUCUCAAAAUCAACGAAUAUUUCUUACAGUAUUUGAAAAAUAAAGUAAACAUAAAAAAAUUAAAGUUCCUUAUAGCAAUAGCCAAAAUUUCAACGGUAGAUGUGGUAUGGUACCAUAUAUUUAACAAGAUACAAAAAUGGUCUUUUUGCGGGACAAUAUAUCCAACACAUGUUCAUGUAGCAAGUUAGUGCUCGUGUGUCGUAUGAAUAGAUAGUAUUGCGGUAAAUUAAAAUGUCAUAUAUUGUACCACACAAAAUUAAAAACGAGCAUUUUGCAUCUCGUUAAAUCUAUGUUACCAGACCACAUCUAGCGUUUAAAUUUUGGCUAUUGCUACAAGGAACACUGAUAUUUUUAUGGGUUGGGAUUAUUUUGCGAAAUAUUUUGCGAAAUAUUCGUUCAUUUUGAGUAUUGAUGUUACUCUAACUCGUACCCAAGGCCCGAAUUCACUGAACAUUUACAAUACAGACAAUUACAACACUCAACUAAGAAAAUAGGCACAUUAUUUUCAAAUUCUAUUCAAUAAUUGCUUUAUUGAUUGAGCCAAACUUGGCAUUAACCAUGUACAUCAUUCUUCCUGUAGAACAUUUUGUGAAUGGCAUAAUUACCAGUGUUAGCCUGUAUAUGUCCAAACACUGGAUGUCUUUUUUGUCCCCUACCGGUGAAACCGGAGGGGACCUAUGGUUUGCGCUCUGUCUGUCUGUCAGUCUGUUCGUCACACUUUUCUGGAUCCUGCGAUAACUUUAAAAAAUCUUCAUAUUUUUUCAUGAAACUUUAAACAUGGAUAGAUGGCAAUAUUGAAAUUAUGCACGUCAUUUCAUUUUGUUCCUACGUCAAGAAUUUUGGUUGCUUUGGCAACAAAUAUUGUUUAUAUUUUUUUACUGACAAUGGUGGAGUUUCACCGGUAGGGGCAAUAUUGCUUGGCAAUCUCUUGUUUUCUUUGUUCUAAGCCAACUGUUUAUUGACGAUGCUGGAACAGCGUCGUCCAAGGUUUCAUAACCAGUAGAAAAUUUUCUCACAAUGGCGGCCUAUGUAAAAGACCGAGCAAAAGAUUGAGAUAACUCGAUUUUUCAGUUACUUCCCUUUUGCAUACGUCACUGCGUAGGAUCAUUGAUAACAUUCUCCUAGCAGAGUUGUCGUUCGUGUUUCAACAUUCAACAAUGGCCGCCUUAAUGAGAGUCUCGAUUCAAAACUUUCUUACUGCAUACAUUGGCUUGUUUCGCUAUUUUUUUUAAGUCUAAGAAUGGGUUGGUGAGUACGGGACCAUAUGAAGCACGGUUCUAUAGAUUAACCCAUUUAUGCCCAGUAGACUCUCCCAUCCUUCUAAGUUGGAUCAAUUUAUUUCCAAAAGUAGGGGUGUCUGGUAUAUUUAUUUCUAUUUUUAGAAUAUUUCUUACAGAAAUUUCUUUAAGCAAACAGCGCAGAAUGCGGCGUCUCAUCUGGGUCUACGCUGUUUGCAAUGUCCUUUUUUCAGGACGCUAGGCAUAAAUGGGUUAAAGAAAACUGCUGGGACGGUUGUUUUUUGUUCUCACAUAUUAACAAUGUUUAUUUUCGAUUUAGUUAAACCACUAGAUCUUUUAAAGAAAAAAGGUGUGUGCACAACGUUAUUCCAUAUAUUGGAGAAUCUCAAGAAUGGACAAUCCAAAUAAAAAUGGACGUUAUUCACGACAUAGCAUGGCGCUUAGAUUGGCUAUAAGAUUGGUCAUUCCAGCAUUACUAGGGAUAUUAAUCAACAACGAUGUUAUUAAUCUGCAAUAAAACGGUAACAUAACCGUCAACAAAAUAUAUAAAUAAAAACACCUGCAUUCUUAAAACUAUUUUAAACACAUUCUUGUUAACAGAUUACUGUUGUAAGUGGUAACAGAUUCACAUGGAUUAUAUUUGUUUUGUGAAUUGAGGUUGCAAAAAGAGACUAAUUCGUACAUGACAGUGGUGCUAAGGUGGUUUGAACGAGCUUACUUAACCCAUUUAUGCCUAGUGGACUCUCCCAUCCUUCUGAAUUGGAUCAAUUUAUUUCCAAAAUUAGGGAUUUCUAUUAAACUUAUUUCUAUAUUUAGAAUAUUUCUUACAGAAAUUUCUUUAAGCAAAAAGCGAAGAACCUGAUGAGACGCCGCAUCAUGCGGCGUCUCAUCUGGGUCUACGCUGUUUGCCAAGGCCUUUUUUCUAGACGCUUAGGCUAGGCAUAAAUGGGUUAAAACGAGGAUCGAGCAGUGAUUCUAAUGCAAGGAACUUUAUGUAUUAUAAAUGACUGUGGCAACAGGUAUUGAGGCAUUUGCAUUGGAAGUUAUAUCGUUUAAACUCUUGAUUUCAAUCAUUGCUGAAACAUUCAAUGCUUGACAAGUAUGAUGUGGUUUUAAAAUGUAGUAUACAUUUAUCUUGUGUUUGUGUUGAUGGACAGAUGUAUGGGUACAAAGUCAAUCUCGUCAUUUGCAAUUUGAUUAGUGUUCAUUGCGUGUUGGAACAGACGGUUGCCAUAUGUGUUACCGUUUAUCGCAUUAUUCAAGACUACAAAAGGCAAUCAAAUGUUAUCAUUUCCCAUUUUUCCAUUACUAUACAUUUGAGCCGCGUCAUGCGUAAAUGGGUUUUAUGUCAUAUGCGACCAGCAGAGCUAUAGUUCAAGGCUUCGUGGUCUCAAAAGCGGACAUGGAAACGCCUUAACAGACUGCGCGCAUAGUUGGCUGGCCUGGAGCUACGCUGGCCGCAAUUGGUGUAAGGCCCAUUUUCGCAUGACGCGGCUCACUUAACAAAAACUGAAAAUCUCUAUAUGUUUUAAAGGGUGUUUCCAUUUUGAACAUAUGCAUAAUUCUUUCAAAAAGUUGUUUAACUACAAUUAUUUUAAAUAAUUUAACUUCCUGUAAACAAUGAUUGUAGUUUCAUUGUCUCUGAUACAGUAAAUUCGUUUCAAUUUCAAUUUUAUUACACAUUGAACAAUGACAAAAUAAAUUGUCGAAGAGAAAUGGAAUAAUUCUUAUUUCUUAUACAUGUACAUGAUUUGGCAUGGCAUUUACAAGAUUGUGUUACAAUUCACAAUGUUUCCUAGUAAAAUCCUGAUUGUUACUUUUGAAAUAAAAAUAAAAUUAA